AUGAGUCAAAAGAUGAACGCCACAUGGAAAGCGUUUGAUGCGAUGAUGGCGGAGAGAAAUAAAGAAAAGCAAUUGCCGAGCCUUGAAUUCGCACAAUUCACCAAAUUGCCCACCGAGCUUCAGCUUCGAAUCCUGAACUUGAUGGAUUUUCAAGAGUUGGAGCUGCUCAUUCUCUCAUCCCUUUACAUCCAACGUCUUGUUGACGACAACGUGCGCAACUACAAAAACUAUCAACAGGUUUCGAUCGAGUUUUGCCAUGGAGCACUCAUCGUCAUGAACGAGACGAAACGUGGGGUGCACGGUCGAAUUUUCUAUGAGAACACAACAGAGCCGGCUUCGAUUAUGUUACCGCUGAAAUGGCGUCGAUUUCAAGACUUUUCGAUACAAGAUUCACAGAUCUUCAAUGUUCUACAAGGCUACCUCUACGCUCUCUUCAACAAAUCAUGGAUCACUUUUCUAAUGGUGAUCGAUCAUCACGAGGAACAAGUGACAAUUGAUAAAGAGAGUCUAAUCUAUCGAAUAUUGCAAAUGCUGAGACGGUGCGCUUUGGUGAAACGAGUGGAGAUCUCGGGAAAGAAGGUCGAAUUCACCACCGACGCGCUCAGCGGUCUCUCCUACGAGCGAAUCGAUUUGAGAAAAGUGGUUCUUCAAAAGUUGCUUGAUUCGACGCCAAAUGUGAUCAACGGGAUGCUGAAGCAAUGGGUCAACUCCGAGAGAGAUAUCUUCUCCGUAGGAAUCGAAUUCUGGAACUGGCACGAGGUUUUUUUAGAGAAUCUUGAUGCAAUUUGUGAGAUUAUCUUCAAGGAUUUGAACCCAAUUUUCACCGCCGAACGUAACGAUAAACAAUUCGGAUUGGCGAGCAAAACCUAUCGCCUUCGUCGGUAUCGAGAAUCGCUCUUCAUCCGAGUGACUCCAUCAAGGAUUUAUUGCUGGAUGGCAUCCGCCUCCUCCUCGCACACGAUGCGCUGCAUCAAUUGCCAAGGAAAUCUAACCGCAAACAGCGGUCCUCAAUGCGAAAAAUGUCGAAAAAACGAGGAAAAAUAUGGAAAGCCAACAAACUGCACGUAUUGCAAAUUGCCGGCCGCGUUCACCGAGGAGAAAUGCGUUUAUUGCUGCUCGUCGGAGAGAAAACAUGGCUCCCCAGUUCCGUGCGCGAAUUGCAAGAUGAAAUCGGCUUUCGCUCGACAUCCAAAGAAGCCGGCUCUUUGCCGCCUCUGCGUGAUGAUCGCUCGACAACAGGGUGUCGAAGUGAUGAAUGGGAUCCCAGUGCCGCCAGAAAAGGGUUUCUCUCACCGCGAUCACAAUGAUCCACUCCGUCAUCACUCGACGGCUCGCCUCUCCUCUAGCUCAAAGAAAAGACAUCCCGAUCCACCAAAGAAAGAAGCUUCUCCUCACAAACAACCAAAACUCGACACUUCUGUUUUAGCUGUUAACAGUCAAAAUGUUAUUCAAAUGCAACAACUUCAAGAAAAAGUCGAUGAAUUGCAACGUGUCGCUAAUGGAAAAGACAAGUUGUUGUUGCGGAAAGAUGCUGAGAUAGCCCAAUUGAAAGCCGAUAUCUCGACAGCUGAGCGUAAAUACCGUGAAAUGCUCGCACAAAUGGCAAAAGAAAAGGAUGAAGCGUUGGAGAAAUUACAGAGGAAAUUCGAGGAUGAAAGAAAACAGCAUCGACUAGAGAAACAAGAAAAAGAACGCAUCGAGUUGCAAGAGAAAGCGAAAAGGGAAAAGGAGCGAAAAGCAAAAAAAGAAAAAGAAAAGCAAGAAGCCGCCGAGAAGCGUAAAAAGGAAAAAGAAGAGAAAGCGGAUGUGAAAAAAGUGAAAGAAGAGGAAAUGGCUGCGAGUGAGAAGAAAGAGAACGAGGAAAAUGAGACAAAAGCGAAGAUGGAAGGGAAUGGGGAUGAGUACUCCGAAACGAAUGAGAAACGAAAAGAAAAGCUAGACGAAGACGAAAAGGAAGAAGAAGCGAAAAUUGAAAUCAGAGCUGAAUCUCCAUCGAUCGAAAUUCCCGAGAAAAAAGUGAAAAAAGAUGAAAGUCAUGAUGAAGCCGAUGAAUCGGAU